AUGCUCCAAAAAGUUUUGGUUUUCACAGCUACCGUAUUCUUGUCCGCAGCGGCAGCCUACGGACCACACCCUCCAUCCGACAAUCUUAUGUACUACCCCGAGAAUUUUGAGCCCGAGAUCCGCUACAUCCGUGGACCCCCAGGGAAGCCUGGACCACCAGGGAGAGCCGGUGUCCGCGGAGUUGCAGGAGGGGCGGGGCCUCCAGGACCAGCGGGGCAGUCUACUUGCCAAUACAAAUGUCCUACCGGCUACUACACAUCGUCUCGAAACUACGGUGGCGCUGAGCACAUCUGGUGUAUCAAGAUGAAAGGGACCACCACUAAAUAUACCAUGAACUUAUUUGGAAAUCUGGAUAUUGAGUGUAAAAAGGAUGGAGCAGUGUUGACAGGAUUCCAGAAUCAUACAGAGUAUAUGGCGGUGUACAACAACUUUAAAUCCAACUUCCCAUGGAUCAGUACCGUCAAGCCAAUGGUGAUAAUUGGUGCAAGGAGAAAAGAUUCGUGCCCAAAAAUCACCACGGCAUGCUCGAACACUCAAGGGAAUCAAUGGACGGAUGGAGUCACCAGUGGGACAGUGCUUUUUGAGACGCCCGGAUUUUUUGCCAACCGGGAACCGAACCCAGAUGUCGGGAAAAAAAUGUGUUUCGGAGUGUGGACGAAGGACAACAAGCUGUACUCUUAUAAAUGCUCGGAUUGGGAUUACAGACCGGCGAAAUUGUUCAUGUGCGGGAAGCUGGCGCCUUGUGUUUUUUGA